CGGGCUUCACUACUACUCCGUAAAAAAAAAAAGAUACCCAUUAGCUUUUUCCUCAUAAAAAACCCUAAAUUCGCAUCGAAUCGUGGUCCUCCGUCCUCCGAGCAGACAUAACAAUGGUGGCGGCGAAGAAGACGAAGAAGACUCAUGAGAGCAUCAACAACAGGUUGGCUCUGGUCAUGAAGAGUGGCAAAUUCACCUUGGGGUACAAGACCGUUCUCAAGUCCCUCAGAAACUCCAAAGAUUCCCAUUGUUUGCUGCAUUUGACAUUUUCACUGCUUGUUGGUUUUUUAAACUUCAGCGAUUCCGACAUUCUCAAGAGCAUGCCGGGCGACCAGUAAUUUUGUUAAGAUCGUGCUUUCCGGUGAUUGCUGUUUUUCCCCUCUAAACUGUGUCAUUUUAAUUUUAAUUGUGGUUCUUCAAUGCUAGUUGGUUGACAUGUACCAUCACACCAUCCAGAUUCUGGCAGUGUUUUGAUGUUUGGUUGAUGAAUUUUGCUUCUGGGAUGAAAUGAUGAACUGUGCCUUUCCUUUAAUUAUUUAUCUUUAUUUACAUAUGAGUAGCAUUAUGUGUCAUAAACAUGACUUUUAUGA